AUGGCACCUCGGACGUAUCGCAAAAGGGCAGAACCCAAGGCUGAAGCAUCCGGAAAGGUCGACUCAGGUAGGGUCGAGAAGUCUCGAAGGUCGCCAGAAAACAAUGCUGGUAAGUACGCGAAUGACCGCAAGAAAUGGAUCAACGACGACCGCCUUCUCGUCUACAAGAUGCGUUGUGAAGGCAAGCCGUAUAAUGAAAUCGCACCCCUCCUCCAACGCUCCGACCAGUCCCUUCGCCUGAUCGUGUGCCAUGCACGCGAAACUUUGGACAGCCUAGAGGAGCUCGACGAUGCAGCACUGCUGCUUGGAGUCGGAUCUGAGGAUACCCGUGCACGCCGAAAAGCUGCCAAGAUACGCGCGGCUGCGUUCAAGGCCAAUCCAGCAUUAGAAUCUGCCGCGGAGUGGAACAUGAACAAGAAGCGUAUGCCCAAGGUCAAGGCAAAGCCCGCCGCUAAGAAACGCACCCGCACAGCCGUCCCAGAUCUCCGCAAGGCUCCUACAACGAAGUUACUGCCUGCAGCACCUCAAGCUACCCUAGCACCAGUCCAGCCUGUUCGCCAGCUCGUGGACCACAACGUUUUGUCCGCGCGAUUUGAAGUCUUCCACAUAGCACAGCUACCCCCAGAUAUGCUAUCGGCGAACGGAAACGACGUGGGAGAGUGGUUCCGUGCACACAUGUCACUAGCGAACGCUGUUCGGUCAGACCGAGUAUUCGCGCCUCCGCAUCCAGUCAUGCUGCCGCCAAAUCCAAGCGGGACAGGUAAUGCUGCUAGGCGUGUGGACUCAAGUAGUCCAGUCAACAAGAUGUCUAUCAGCUUCUUGGCGCAAUAG